AAGAGCAUUCUGUCGCUUACGCUCCUAUACAAAACAACCAAAAUGAACGCGAUCUCCAGCAUCAUAUUCGCCGUCGUCAUCGCCACGGUCGCCGCUGACGGGCAUGGUCAUGGUGGUGUCGGCCUCGGUGGCGGUCUCGGUGGUGUUGGCCUAGGUGGCGGUCUCGGUGGUGUUGGCCUAGGUGGCGGCUUCGGUGGUGGUUUAGGUGGUGUUGGCCUCGGUGGCGGUCUUGGUGGCGGUUUCGGAGGCGGUGGUAUCGACGCCGUCGUGGGAGGAAAUGUCCAGACCAACGUGCCCAUUGUGAUCCCCUCCCCGGUUGCUAAUUACGUGCCAGAGCCUUUCGUCGUGACCAAGCCCUUCGUCGUGCCCCAUUUCGUGACCAUCCUCAGGAAGGUUAGCGUGCCCGUUGAGGUCGUCAAGAAAGUCCCCAUCGAAGUCGUCAAGAAGGUCCAGGUUCCAGUGAAGGUCCCCAUCUUCGAGCACAAAUGGUGAAAAUAACACAAAAAGCUGCAAUUUGCGCCGAAAAUGUUGGCCAUGUUUGAUCGACUGAAAUUUUCCAAUGCCUCAGAGUGUUUUCGGUACCUCACCGGGUCCACAUCUACCGCUGUAUCUCACAGCUUUCUUAAGGAAAGCUGGGCAAUGCAAGUCAUUAUUUAUAACAUCUUACUUUGAUGAAGAAUAAAGUUAUCUUCAUCGUC